UCAAGACGCUAUCCCAAAACCUCAACUCAAAAACCCCGAGAGUGAGAGGCAGAGAGAAAGAAGGAGAAGCAGAGGAAAGCAAACCAAAAAGAACAUGGCAGAGUCAGUGAGAAUGUCAGCCACUGGUUCCUCACUCCGCAGCUUCAGUGGCUCCCGGAGGCCUAUCCCUCUCUCUCCCAGUCGAUUCCUCCUCCCUUCUCGUCAUUCUUCCUCUUCCUAUCGGUCAGAAUUUGUGGGAAAUGUUCAUCUCAGGUCAAGACUCUCCAAGGCCUCAAAUUUACAACAACAGAGGGGAAAGUUCUCUGUUUUUGCCAUGGCUGCUGAUGAAUCAAAGAGAGCAGUGCCACUGGUAGACUAUCGCAAUAUUGGAAUUAUGGCUCACAUAGAUGCAGGAAAAACUACUACUACUGAAAGGAUUCUGUACUACACAGGAAGAAACUAUAAAAUAGGUGAGGUUCAUGAGGGAACGGCUACAAUGGACUGGAUGGAGCAAGAACAAGAAAGAGGAAUUACUAUAACUUCUGCUGCAACUACCACGUUUUGGAACAAACAUCGGAUUAACAUUAUUGAUACCCCUGGGCAUGUCGACUUCACUCUUGAGGUGGAGCGGGCUCUCAGGGUUUUGGAUGGUGCUAUAUGCUUGUUUGACAGUGUUGCUGGUGUAGAACCUCAAUCUGAAACUGUAUGGAGACAAGCUGAUAAAUAUGGGGUGCCUAGAAUUUGCUUUGUCAAUAAAAUGGAUCGUCUUGGGGCAAACUUCUUCCGGACCAGAGACAUGAUAGUGACAAACUUGGGCGCUAAACCACUUGUGAUUCAAUUACCAAUUGGUGCAGAAGAUAAUUUUCGAGGAGUUAUUGAUCUUGUAAAGAUGCAAGCUGUGUUAUGGUCAGGAGAAGAAUUGGGUGCAAAGUUUGCGUAUGAUGAUAUUCCAUCUGAUCUUCUAGAACUGGCUCAAGACUAUCGGUCACAGAUGAUAGAAACCAUAGUUGAGUUGGAUGAUGAAGCUAUGGAAGGCUAUCUGGAAGGAGUUGAGCCUGAUGAGGAAACUAUUAAGAAAUUAAUCAGGAAGGGAACCAUUUCAGCCAGCUUUGUCCCAGUUCUGUGUGGCUCAGCAUUUAAAAACAAGGGAGUUCAACCACUGCUUGAUGCAGUUGUGGAUUAUUUGCCUUCACCAUUGGACCUACCGGCAAUGAAAGGAACUGACCCUGAGAACCCAGAGGUGACAGUUGAAAGAGCUGCAAGUGAUGAAGAACCAUUUGCUGGUCUAGCUUUCAAGAUUAUGAGUGACCCCUUCGUGGGGUCCCUUACUUUUGUAAGAGUUUAUGCAGGGAAGCUAGCUGCAGGAUCUUACGUGCUGAAUGCAAACAAAGGAAAGAAAGAAAGAAUUGGAAGACUUCUGGAAAUGCAUGCCAACAGCAGAGAGGAUGUUAAGGUAGCUUUAGCAGGUGAUAUUGUUGCACUUGCAGGUCUGAAAGAUACAAUUACUGGUGAAACUUUAUGUGAUCCAGAGAAUCCUAUUGUGCUCGAGCGAAUGGACUUCCCUGAUCCUGUUAUAAAGGUUGCUAUUGAGCCUAAAACUAAAGCAGAUGUUGAUAAAAUGGCAUCUGGCUUGGUCAAGCUAGCUCAAGAGGAUCCAUCUUUCCACUUCUCACGGGAUGAAGAGAUCAACCAGACAGUCAUUGAAGGAAUGGGAGAAUUGCAUCUUGAGAUUAUCGUUGACAGGCUCAAGAGGGAAUUUAAGGUGGAAGCUAAUGUUGGCGCACCCCAAGUAAACUACCGUGAAAGCAUUUCUAAAGUCUCGGAGGUGAAGUAUGUGCACAAGAAACAGUCAGGUGGACAAGGACAGUUUGCUGAUAUCACUGUAAGGUUUGAGCCCAUAGAGGCAGGCAGCGGGUAUGAGUUCAAGAGUGAAAUUAAGGGAGGUGCUGUGCCAAAAGAAUACAUUCCAGGGGUGAUGAAAGGAUUGGAGGAAUGCAUGAGUAAUGGUGUGCUUGCAGGCUUUCCUGUUGUUGAUGUACGUGCUGUGUUAGUUGACGGAUCAUACCAUGAUGUGGAUUCAAGUGUCUUGGCAUUCCAGCUGGCAGCCAGAGGUGCAUUCCGUGAGGGGAUGAGGAAAGCUGCUCCAAAGAUGCUGGAACCUAUUAUGAAAGUCGAAGUUGUCACACCUGAAGAACACUUGGGAGAUGUGAUCGGUGAUCUCAACUCAAGGAGAGGCCAGAUUAACAGCUUUGGUGACAAACCUGGUGGUCUCAAGGUGGUGGAUGCUCUGGUCCCCCUGGCAGAGAUGUUCCAAUAUGUUAGUACGCUCCGAGGAAUGACAAAAGGCCGUGCAUCCUAUACCAUGCAAUUAGCCAAGUUUGAAGUUGUUCCUCAACAUAUCCAGAAUGAACUCGCUGCUAAAGAGCAAGCAGUUGCUGCUUGAUUUGGCUUUCCUUUCGCCAAGACCACAGAAGGGAAGCUUCAUAAUUUUUUAUUUACUUUGUCUUUGGGCCUAGAAAAAACUGUUUUCCUUUUCCAUUUUUCCCCCUCUUCUGUAUCAAUUUUAUAUAUGAAAUGCAAGUCCCUUUGAAGGAAA